AUGGCAAAACUGAUUUCGAUUUGUCUGUUUUUCUGGACGACCACCGCUCUGUUUCCAAGAAAAUCAUUAGCAAUUGAUAGCAUAAAAGCAGGGGAAUCCAUUAGUGCCAGUGCCCAGAUAUUAGUUUCAGCUCAACAGAAGUUUGUGUUGGGAAUCUUCAAUCCCGAAGGCUCCAAAUUUAAAUAUUUGGGAAUAUGGUACAAGAACAUCCCACAGAGGACUAUCGUAUGGGUUGCAAACAGAGACAACCCAUUUGUAAGUUCCUCUGCCAAAUUAACAUUCAAUGAAGAAGGGAACGUUAUUCUUGUCGAUGAAACAGAUGGAGUUUUAUGGUCUUCCACUUCUUCAAUAUACGUGAAAGAACCGGUCGCUCAACUUCUAGAUAACGGUAACUUGGUAUUAGGAGAAUCUGGGUCUGAAAAUUAUGUGUGGCAGAGUUUCGAUUAUGUCUCUGAUACUCUGUUACCCGGCAUGAAACUUGGUCGGGACUUGAAAGCUGGUAUGACCUGGAAGUUAACGUCAUGGAAAAACCAGAACGAUCCCUCCUCUGGGGAUUUCACUUAUGUUAUGGACCCUGGUGGGCUUCCCCAGCUUGAAAUUCACAGAGGAAACGUCACAACGUACAGGAGCGGCCCCUGGUUGGGUAGUAGGUUUAGUGGCGGUUACUACCUUAGAGAAACGGCAAUUAUAACUCCACGGUUCGUUAAUAAUUCGGAUGAAGCAUUCUAUUCAUACGAGUCUGCUAAAAAUCUCACUGUCAGAUAUACACUGAACGCAGAAGGCUACUUCAACCUAUUUUAUUGGAACGAUGAUGGAAAUUAUUGGCAGAGUUUGUUUAAAUCACCAGGAGACGCCUGUGAUGACUACAGACUCUGUGGAAAUUUUGGUAUUUGUACGUUUUCUGUCAUAGCUAUCUGCGAUUGCAUUCCUGGGUUUCAACCAAAAUCGCCAGAUGAUUGGGAAAAGCAAGGCACGGCUGGUGGGUGCGUUAGAAGGGACAAUAAGACCUGCAAAAAUGGAGAGGGGUUUAAAAGAAUCAGCAAUGUGAAAUUACCAGAUUCUUCUGCGAAGAAUUUGGUUAAGGUUAACACAAGCAUUCAAGACUGCACAGCGGCGUGCUUGAGUGAUUGCUCUUGCUUGGCCUACGGAAGGAUGGAGUUUUCCACAGGAGACAAUGGCUGCAUCAUAUGGUUUGAGAGAUUGGUGGAUAUGAAAAUGCUUCCUCAAUAUGGACAGGAUAUCUAUGUAAGGUUGGCUGCUUCAGAAUUAGAAUCGCCUAAAAGGAAGCAGCUUAUAGUUGGGCUGAGCGUGUCCGUUGCUUCACUGAUAAGCUUCUUGAUUUUUGUUGCUUGCUUUAUCUAUUGGCGUAAAAGAAGGAGGGUUGAGGGUAAUGAGGUUGAGGCUCAAGAGGACGAAGUUGAAUUGCCACUCUAUGAUUUUGCGAAGAUUGAGACUGCCACGAAUUAUUUUUCUUUUUCAAAUAAGAUUGGCGAAGGUGGUUUCGGUCCUGUGUACAAAGGAAUGAUUCCAUUGGGACAAGAAAUUGCAGUAAAAAGACUGGCAGAGGGUUCCAGCCAAGGGCAAACGGAGCUAAGAAACGAGGUUCUAUUGAUCUCCAAACUGCAACAUCGUAAUCUCGUCAAGCUACUUGGUUUCUGCAUUCAUCAACAAGAAACAUUGUUGGUCUAUGAAUAUAUGCCAAACAAAAGUCUCGACUAUUUUCUAUUUGAUGACAAGAAGCGAUCUUUACUUAGUUGGAAAAAAAGGCUGGAUAUUAUAAUUGGAAUAGCUCGAGGUCUUCUUUAUCUCCACCGAGAUUCAAGGCUUAUAGUUAUACAUAGGGAUCUCAAAGUGAGUAACAUCUUACUAGAUAACGAAAUGAAUCCAAAAAUUUCGGACUUCGGUAUGGCUCGCAUGUUCGGUGAAGACCAAACCAUGACACAAACUAAAAGAGUUGUUGGGACCUAUGGCUACAUGUCCCCAGAAUAUGCAAUCGAUGGAUAUUUUUCAAUGAAAUCAGAUAUCUUCAGUUUUGGAGUUAUUCUUUUAGAAAUAGUUAGCGGUAAGAAGAACAGAGGCUUCUUUCAUCCCGAUCAUCAACUAAAUCUUCUUGGACAUGCAUGGAAACUUUGGGAAGAAGGCAAUGCUUUGGAAUUAAUGGAUGAAAGAUUGAACAAGGAUGGAUUCCAAAACUCUGAAGCCCAGCGAUGCAUUCAAGUAGGACUUUUGUGCGUUCAAGAGAAUCCUGAUGAAAGGCCAGCUAUGUGGUCGGUACUUUCAAUGUUAGAGAGUGAAAAUAUGGAAUUAUUAUGUGUACCUAAACAACCUGGAUUUUACACAGAAAGAACUAUUUCUAAAACCCAUAAUUUACCAGGUGAAAGCUCUUGUAGUACCAAUGAAGUGACCGUUACACUGCUGUAUGGUCGUUAG